CAAUGGUAUUACUCUCUUACUUUGUCUCCUCCUACGUAUCGCGCACAUAUAAGCCUCCUUGAAAUCCCUAUGUGUGCAACGGCUUGAGACGUUCACAAUUGCUCCAAAUCUUCCAACGCAUCCUACAAAGGCCAAAUCCGCCUCAGACCCCAAGCAAACAUUAUGUGCCAAUAUACCUUCCACAACAACCCUGACUGUGGCCAUAUUGCAAACUUCAGCCUUGACAUCUGUGUUGACAUGAUGAAUGCAAUGCGCGAGGGCACCAAAAAUCCUCCUGACCACAAGGUCACCACUGUCCAUGACCUUCUGCCGAAAGGUCCCUUUUACCAGUGUCGUCCAUGUGAGGGCAAACUUGCCAAGGUGGACACCAACUGUUCAGACUGCUCCGAUUCUGAAUAUGUCGUUUUGGAGGGUCAAAACGCAGGUGUCCCAAUUGUGCACAGCUAUAUGGAGAUGUGCCUCAAUGAGAAGAAUGCACCACCCGAUGGUUGUGACAACUUUGUGCAUGUGAACCAACCGCCACGACUGGGGACCCCUACCCCGGCACCGAAACCGAUGUCUGCCAGCCAAACUCUGAAGAUGAGGGAUCUGGCUAGUAGUGAAUCGGAGAUCCAUCCACCGAUCAGCAUGAUGGAAACGCUGGAAGGAUAUGAAGAUUUCCUGAAGAAAUCAAACGAACAACUUCGUGCUCGUCGCCCGCCUUCCACCCCUAUUCGCAGUCCAGAGUCAGGGAGCUACGGGGAUAUACCUGUUGCGAACCAAUCAUGGUAUGCGAGUGACUCGGACACAGAGGCUGACCAGGUGCAAUCUCCCCGUCCCCUUGGCUCUCCUUUCAGCUCACCACAUCGGGCCCCACGACCAAAAGAAGCACCAUUGCGUGUAUCCGACUUGAAUAGCCCACCACCUAGUCAACAGCCAGGCUAUCUCAAGGCAACCCCCCGAUUGACCAAGGCAGGGAUUCAGGGCGAGGCUGCACCUGUUUACCGAUCGAACGGUGCCACAACUCCGCCCAACCAGCAAUGGUAUUCGACGCUGCUUCCUUGCACCCCUUCUCAUCUGAUCAUCCCCCAACGCUAUUCUCCACCAUCCGCACCGCGCAAGACUCAUCGGACAGAAUAUUCGCAGUAUAACCCGGUGGACACGUCGGGCAUCCCUUUUCGCCGCGAGUACAGGUUGCCGCGCCACGAUGUUCUAAAUACAGUCCUUCAGUCCCCACCGUCGCAAUAUCCUGAAAGUUAUAACAGGAGCUAUUCAAGACAGUACUGGGGUGCCGUAUCCGGUAUGACUCCUGCGUGCGAUGAGCGAUGGUAAUACCCCAUCGAUGGCAGUAUAUGGGGGUUCGAUGAUAUCAG